AUGUCUACAGUAACUCAGACGACAAUUGACAGGCUCGAUAAGCCUAGUGCAUACUACUUAGGCCGUAACAAAAAGCGUAAGUUCAGAGAAAGAGACGACGAUGAUGUCGGUCGCGAAGCGGCAUACCGUGAGAAGACACCAGAAGAGCAGGAUGAUUCUCUAAAAGAUGCUGCUACUCUAUAUGUUGGGAAUCUGUACGCAGCAAAUCUAAAUAGAACAAGAAUGGGUGGGCUGAUUUUGGAGUACAGGUCCUUCUACACGACAGAGGAGCAGAUCCACGAGCUAUUUCAAAAGUGCGGUGAGAUCAAGCGGCUAAUUAUGGGCCUGGAUCGCUUCCACAAAACACCCUGCGGAUUCUGCUUUGUAGAAUACUACACUCACCAAGACGCACUGGACUGUAUGAAGUAUAUCGGCGGCACGAAACUUGACGAGCGCAUAAUUAGGACAGAUCUUGACCCUGGCUUCGCUGAAGGCAGGCAAUAUGGGAGGGGCAAGUCUGGAGGUCAGGUCCGUGAUGAGUACCGAAACGAAUUCGACCCAGGAAGAGGAGGCUAUGGUCGUGCGAUUGAUAAAGAACGCCAGAAGGAGGAGGACGAGUAUGGUCUUGGGAGGUAG